AUGUCUGCCGCUGACAACAAGGUCCUGGGCAUGCCGCCCUUCGUGGCGGACUUCCUGAUGGGUGGUGUCUCCGCCGCCGUCUCGAAGACCGCUGCCGCUCCCAUCGAGCGUGUCAAGCUCCUCAUCCAGAACCAGGAUGAGAUGAUCAAGAACGGCCGUCUUGACCGCCGCUACACCGGCAUUGGCGACUGCUUCAAGCGUACCGUUGCCGACGAGGGUGUCCUCUCCCUGUGGCGUGGUAACACCGCCAACGUCAUCCGUUACUUCCCUACCCAGGCCCUGAACUUUGCCUUCCGUGACAAGUUCAAGAAGCUGUUCGGCUUCAAGAAGGAGCGUGACGGCUACGCCAUGUGGAUGGCCGGUAACCUUGCCUCCGGUGGUGCUGCUGGUGCCACUUCCAUGCUGUUCGUCUACUCGCUGGACUACGCCCGUACCCGUCUUGCCAACGACGCCAAGCACGCCAAGUCCGGCGGUGACCGCCAGUUCAACGGUCUCGUUGACGUCUACCGCAAGACCAUCGCCUCGGACGGUAUUGCCGGUCUCUACCGUGGCUUCAUGCCCUCGGUCGCCGGUAUCAUUGUCUACCGUGGUCUCUACUUCGGCAUGUACGACUCGUUCAAGCCCCUCCUCCCCGCCAGCCUCGAGGGCAACUUCCUCGCCAACUUCGGUCUGGGUUGGUGCGUCACCACCGCUGCCGGUAUCGCUGCUUACCCUCUUGACACCAUCCGCCGCCGCAUGAUGAUGACCUCUGGUGAGGCUGUCAAGUACAAGAACUCGUUCGACGCCGCCCGCCAGAUCAUUGCCGCCAACGGUGUCAAGUCCCUGUUCAACGGUGCCGGUGCCAACAUCCUCCGUGGUGUUGCCGGCGCUGGUGUCCUGUCCAUCUACGACCAGCUCCAGGUCCUCCUGUUCGGCAAGGCCUUCAAAUAA